GGUCACGUCUAUGAUGAAUUGUGGCGUCAAAAGUCCAACAUUGAGCAUGGGCGUAAGUACACUAUGAUGCAAGACCACUUCCUUGGCUACGAUGGCGUCUUCCUUGCGGACUACACCAUUCGUAAGCGAUUCUUUCCAAAUAAUGUUGUGGUCAACACAGAAUUUCUGCACAGCCAAAUCUCUAUCGUAGUUGCCAACAUGGGGAGAGGCAGUCCUCCAGCGAGGGAAACAACAUGGCUAUAUCAAGCCGAAAAUUUCAUCAGGAGGACAUACCCUGAUUUGAAAACCAGGAACACGACUCACCUUUUCCCACCUGUUCAGUACAAGAAUGAAUGGAUCAAAUCUGCCAGAACCCGAAGGGGGAAAACGGAGCGAUCCCUCAUUCUACGUCUGCAUCAGCUCGGACAGAGAAACCGGUCAUCAAUUUUCAUCACAUAUAACUCAGACUUCGUCCACCUCAUCAAGACGCGGAACGUCGGGGGAGGCAUCGAAGGCAUCCUGGAAUCGGAAGGGCAUGACAUCGUCCUCAUACAUCGUAACUUUGGGGCAAUCUUAAUCCAAAUAAAGAAUCUGAAUCCCGAGAAGACAGAAAAAGGAGUAGGAGAUGCAACGAAGAAUAUCAAGACAGCCGCCAAACAGCUGGAAAUGAAAAUUCGAAGUGUGUCUGCCACUAGAAUAAAAUUGGAAAACGCCAUGAGAGAGUGCGGUCUGGAAAACAUCAACGUGUCCCUGUCGGUUAUUGCGCUGCCAACAGUGAAAAGAGAAUGGGUGCAUGAAAGGCCAUCUGGCGUCGGUCUUGUUUUCCUCUGCGAAGAAGAUUGCAGUUCUGCUAAAUCCCUCGAAGAAUGGUGGCAGAAGCAUAUCCUCCAGUCCGAACAUCUUCAGAGCUUCACCAUCAAGGACGAGACCUACAUAAGUCUUCUCGCAAUUUAUAUCGCACCAGCAUAUGCAACCCCGGCCUUCACUGCCCGAUUCAACAGACAAAAUCUGUCUUUCCUGACCAAAGACAAGCUGGACAUCCUGGUGAACGGACCGAAGGAAUUCGUGCUGAAAGGAGCAGCCGGGACUGGGAAGACGUGGAUUGUUCAGGAAAAGAUCAGGAACAUCGUCAUGUCUUGGUUUUCUCGAGGACCCAUCGAGGACAAGAACGAGAGGAUCCUCCUCAUCCGCAGGAACACUCAUGUAGCCAAUAAAUUGUGGAGGACACUGUACGACCUCCUCUUCACGUCCGCUAUGGCUGAGCUCAGGAAGUGGAUCAAAGGAACGAACGAUGAGGAGGAAAGGAAAAAGGUAUGGGGGAUUCUAAAGAAGAAUGUCAUCAUUUGCUGCUUGCAAUCCUCGACUACUUUAUGGGACCUUCAGUGGGAAGAAUUGAAAAUAACUUAUUGUCUGGAAUCCCAAGAGGGGAAGGCAGACGAGAAUUAUGAACCACCCUCGAAUCAUGUUGGUUUGACCUUGAACAUCUCGAUGUGGAAGAAUGCAAGUUGGGAAAUAUUCCUAUGCUACGAGUUCCUCAGAAGCUGCAUGGCUACCUUCGAACCCGGACUUAAUGUGGCGGAGAAAUGGACGGAGGCCGUGAGGAAAGCUGGAAGUUUAUUUGAGUCCUUCACUCCGUCAACGGAUGCAAUGCAGAACUUAGUCCGCAGCGUCCAAUCUUUGGCGAAGGAAAUGCAAUCGAUUAAAAUUACCCAACAUUCCCGCGAACGAGAGAUGAUCCAUGUUGCGCUGACGACACUCAGGAUAUUGUUACAGAAAUUGAAUGCUUAUAUAAAGGAUCUCUCCGAAUCGGCUCAGCAUGUGAUAUUGGAGGACCUGCACGAAGUCUUCAAGACACAGAAACCGCCAUUCGACCACAUGUUUGUUGAUGACGGAGAGGAAUGGUACAAAUCCUACGGUGACCACUGGUUGACCAUGCUCCGAUCUCUUCACAAAGGUAGGGGAGGAUACUUCUGGCGGACCUAUCGGCGGACCUAUCGUCGACCCUUUCCGAUGCAAUGGAAAAAUUGA